CACGCGUUCCGCGAGCGCGUCAGUCCCCCUGACUGUUGUCCGUCUGCGAGCACGAUGAAGGAGCCGGUACAUCACAAGGACCCAAAGGUCAUCAAGCAGCUGCAGUUCAGCUUGUUCAAUCCCCAGGACACGGUGAAGCUAUCCGAGUUCGAGAUCACGCAUAGGGACUUGUAUACGGCUACAGAUCGCUUGCCCGUCAAAGAUGGCGUACUCGAUCGGCGACUGGGGACGACUGACAAGAGCGCAUUCUGCGAGACGUGCGGGCAGUCCAGUGUGAACUGCGUGGGGCACUAUGCAUACAUCAAGCUCUGUGUUCCCGUCUUCCAUAUCGGCUACUUCAAGCAUACCAUCGGCAUCCUACAGUGCAUUUGCAAGACAUGCGCCAGAGUCUUGCUGGAAGAGCCCGAGCGGCGCACCUUUCUCAAACGCUUCCGCCGCUCCAACCUCGAGAACAUGCAGCGCCAGGCCCUUACCAAGGCCGUCAACACGGCGGCUCGCAAGGUUGUCUACUGCCCGUACUGCGCCGCAACGAACGGCACUGUGAAGAAGGCGGGCGCGCUGAAGAUCAUUCACGAUAAAUUCCGCUCGAAGAAGACGGCGGACGAGAUGGAGAGGUGGAAGCGGACCUUUGCGAGCGCGAUCGAGGCGCAGAAGGAGCUCGCGCAAUUUCUGAACAAAGCGGUGAACGAGGAUUUGAACCCGUUGAAGGUGCUGGACUUGUUCAGGAGGAUAUCGGAUGAGGACUGCGAGUUGUUGGGCUUGCGACCAAAGUUCGGCAGGCCGGAGGAGUUCCUUUGGCAGUAUAUUUCUGUACCUCCAGUUGCCAUCCGUCCUUCCGUCGCACAAGAUGGCGCUUCCAAUGAGGAUGACCUCACGGUCAAGCUGACGGAGAUCGUCUUCACGAACGCGCUCAUUAAGCAGGGCCUUGCGAAAGGUGCGCCCACACCACAGUUCAUGGAACAAUGGGAAUUUCUCCAACUCUCCGUGGCCAUGUACAUCAAUUCCGAACUGCCGGGCGUACCCUCCCAGCCUGGCCAACGCCCCAUCCGCGGCUUCGUCCAACGCCUAAAAGGCAAGCAGGGCCGCUUCCGUGGAAACUUGUCGGGCAAGCGUGUCGACUUCUCAGGCCGCACGGUCAUUUCGCCGGAUCCAAAUCUCAGGAUAGACGAGGUGGCGGUCCCAGAGAGGGUGGCGAAGAUUUUGACGUAUCCGGAGAGGGUGACAGUGCAUAAUAUGGAGGGAUUGAGGAAGGCAGUACUGAACGGUCCGGACGUCCAUCCGGGGGCGAACUUUGUGGCGAGAGGGGAGAACAAGAAGUUCUUGAAGUUCGGUAAUCGGAAAGCGGUGGCGGAGAACCUGGCCAUCGGUGAUGUCGUUGAGCGGCAUAUUAUAGACGGCGACAUCGUACUUUUCAACCGACAACCGAGCUUGCACAAGCUCUCGAUCAUGUGUCACCGAGUCAAAGUACGACCAUGGCGCUCCUUCCGACUCAAUGAGUGUGUCUGCGGCCCCUACAAUGCCGACUUCGACGGUGAUGAGAUGAAUCUUCACGUCCCUCAGACCGAAGAAGCUCGCACCGAAGCUCUCGAGCUUAUGAGUGUCAAGCACAACCUCGUCACUCCACGCAACGGCGACCCCGUCAUCGCCGCCAUUCAGGACUUCAUCACCGCCUCGUAUCUACUUUCGCGCAAGGACACUUUCUUCGACCGCCGCGCAUUCACGCAGAUCUGCUGCUAUCUCGCCGACGCGAACAUGCAGAUCGACAUUCCACCACCGACGAUACUGAAGCCACAGCGCCUGUGGACCGGGAAGCAGAUCUUCAACGUCCUUAUGCGCCCGAACCGCAAAUCGAAGGUGUUCGUGAACGUCGAGUGUAAAUGCAACAAGGUGGAGGAAGUGAAGAAGGAGCAUUAUCCUGCGAUCGAGAAACCGAGGAAUGAUCUCAUGGCGAACGACGGGUGGCUGGUCAUCGUGAACAGCGAGAUCAUGUGUGGAUUGAUGGACAAAGCGACGAUAGGGAGUGGCAAGAAGAAGUCGAUCUUCGGGGUGAUCCUGCGGGACUAUGGGCCACACGAGGCGGCGGCGGCCAUGAACAGGGUGGCGAAGUUGUGUGCGAGGUACCUAGCUAACUACGGUUUCUCCUUGGGCAUCAACGACGUCAUUCCGGGGCCCGAGUUGACGGAGAAGAAGGAGGACCUGAUUGAGAAGGCGUACGCAGAAUGCCUGGAUAAGAUUGCUCUGGCGAAGAAGGGUGGACUGAAGAACAAACCCGGAUGCGAUCAAGAGCAGACGCUGGAGGCUGAGAUCUCGUCAAUCCUGUCCAAUGUUCGAGAGAAGGCUGGUCAAAUUUGCAUGAGGGAACUCAGCAGGCAUAACGCGCCGCUGAUCAUGGCUACGUCUGGAUCGAAAGGUUCCGUCAUCAACGUCUGUCAGAUGGUGGCAUGUGUCGGGCAACAGAUUAUCGCUGGCCAUCGUGUCCCGGAUGGCUUCCAGGACCGAUCACUGCCUCACUUCCCCAAGAAGUCUAAGGAGCCUCCAUCCAAGGGUUUUGUCCGGAACAGUUUCUACACUGGUCUCGUCGCCACCGAGUUCCUGUUCCACGCCAUCUCUGGUCGCGAAGGCCUGGUUGACACUGCAGUGAAGACCGCGGAGACAGGUUACAUGCAACGACGACUGAUGAAGGCGCUGGAGGAUCUGACGACGCAAUACGACUUGACGGUGCGCAACUCGGCCGCGGGUGUGGUUCAAUUUCGAUAUGGUGACGAUGGUUUGGAUCCCGCGUGCUUGGAAGGGGACGCGCAGCCGAUUGACUUUGAGCGUGCGUGGGUUCACUCGGCGGCCAUCGCAUCGCGAAAGGGACGCGGCUUGCUACCUUUCGAGGUCAUGGACCUGAUGAACUCGGAAAUGGCGAAGUCGAAGUGGGUCAGCGAGUGCACGACGACCUACAUGGACUCGAUUCGCGACUUCAUCGAGGAGAAGGUCGCGAAGCGGCUGGCGAUCUUGCGAGAAAGACGCGGAAUGUACGACGCAAUGGAGCGUAUAGACGAUUGGGACGAGGAGAUGGACUUGUCAAUGGGGGCUUCGGACGCGGACAAGGCUGUCGUUGACAACAAGGCGAAGGUGACGGAGGCGCAGCUCCGUACAUUCUUGCAGAUAGCAUGGACGAAAUACGUGAAGGCGCGCAUCGAGCCUGGUUCUACCGUCGGAGCCGUCGGCGCACAGUCCAUCGGUGAGCCAGGAACGCAGAUGACGCUCAAGACUUUCCAUUUUGCUGGCGUCGCAUCUAUGAACGUCACGCUUGGUGUACCGCGUAUCAAGGAGAUCAUCAACGCGUCGAAGAACAUCAGCACGCCCAUUAUAAGCUGUAAGUUGGUGACGCGGGAUAGCGAGGCGUCUGCACGUAUUGUCAAGGGGCGGCUGGAGAAGACGAUGUUGGGUGAUAUCGCGUCGGUGUUGGAGGAGGCAUGGGCUCCCGACUACACGUACAUUGGCAUCAUUGUGGAUAUGCGGGCGAUACAGAAGCUGCAACUCGAGAUGACUCUCGAUGACAUCAAGUGGGCGAUUGUCAGCACCCGGAAACUGAAGGUCAAACAGGAGUCUAUCGUUGUACUCUCUCGCAAGAACCGAUUGCGCAUCUACAUUGAAGGCGACGAAAAGUUCUACCGAAUACGCGAUCUGAAGCGCAAUUUGGCGGAUGUUGUCGUGAAGGGCGUCCCUAGUAUUCAUCGCGCAGUCAUCAAUAUCAAGGAGAAAGAUGACUAUAGGGGAAAGAAGGGCGACAAGGAACUGCUGGUGGAAGGAUACGGCUUGCAGAAGUGCAUGAUCACGGAAGGUGUCGUGGGGGAAAUGACGACGUCCAAUCAUGUGAUUGAAGUCGCCCAAGUGUUGGGUAUCGAGGCGGCGCGGCGAACCAUCAUCAACGAGAUUCAGUACACGAUGAAGUCGCACGACAUGAACAUCGAUCCUCGGCACGUCAUGCUAUUGGGAGACGUUAUGAGCUACAAGGGCGAAGUUCUGGGAAUCACUCGCUUCGGUGUGGCCAAGAUGAAGGACAGCGUUCUCAUGCUCGCGUCCUUCGAGAAAACCACAGACCAUCUCUUUGAUGCGGCAGCUUACGGGAAAAGUGAUGCGAUUGCAGGCGUAUCAGAGAGUAUUAUCAUGGGUAACCCCGCCGCACAAUGCGGAACAUCCAUGCCCGCACUUGUCACACCAGCACCGUCAAUCAGCAAGCCAAGACCGCUGUUGUUCGAAGGGGCGUUGUAAUCUCGUCUUCGUGGCGACGGGGUAGACCUCGGGACUGGAUAUGUUGUUCUGUGUAUGUUGUACUCGAAUUUCCAUUACAUGUAUGUAAAUUAUACCAAGGUAUCGAGCGCGUCUAUAUCACGUAUCCGGUAUUGACCAUGUGUGGUCCCGAUAUCGGUACAGAUUCAUUGAAGUC